ACGAAAUCCCCUUUGACCUCUACCUUCACCUUCGCCUUAUGCCCGUCUGCGGCGGAUCUAAACGCGGUGGAUUCGGUCGCGGAAAGCCAAUCCAACGAAAAGUUGUCGGCCCGAAGUCUGCGGUGACGGAGCCUGCGCACGCAUUUCUGACAGGCAAAACUUCCCUGCUGAACGUCUUCACACGCGGAUUCUUCAGUCAAGUCUAUGAACCGACCGUCUUUGAGAAUUAUGUGCACGACAUCUAUGUCGACGAACAGCAAGUGGAGCUCAGUCUAUGGGAUACAGCAGGGCAGGAGGAGUUUGAUCGCCUCCGCUCACUAUCUUAUGCGGAGACCCAUGUGAUUAUGCUUUGCUUUUCGGUAGAUAAUCCAGUGUCUCUAGAAAACGUCGAAACGAAGUGGCUGGAUGAGAUAUUGGAGUACUGUCCUGGGGUGAAGCUCGUUCUCGUGGCCUUGAAAUGUGAUCUUCGGGAUGAUCGGUCAAUACGAGAGCGACUGCAACGACAUGGCGCGCAUCCUGUCCAAUACGAGGAGGGACUGGCUGUUGCCAGGCGAAUACGUGCUUCGCGGUAUCUGGACAGAGUGCAGCUCAAAGCACAAUCGCGGUGUGACGGAGGUGUUCUACGAGGCAGCUCGUGUAUCGCUGAGCACGCGUUCCAAGAGCACCAGUGA